CCACCCUCCUUUCUUCUUGAGCCCGGCCCAGUUUUAACUCAUUUGCCAGAAUUAAAAAGAUUCUGACCAAAAAACUCAACUCAGAAGCCACUGAUCACUGAUGAGCUGAUUCAAGAAGAAGUUCAAGGCUGAGCGGAGAAGAUGUGGGGGUUGAGCAGAUUGAUAUCAGAAGACGAUGAUGAAGACAGAGGAGAAAGCUUAUUGGAGGAAGAUUCUGAUGCUCUGUGCUCUCUCUCUCCUAUGCAAAGGAUCUACGUGUUUGCUGCAUGUCUGGUUGCUGGUCUGGCUUGUAUGUUCCUGUCUUUGAUUGUGUUUGCCAAGCCCAUCAAAUUUGCAUUGUUGUUCACCUUUGGCAAUGUGUUGGCAGUUGGAAGCACAGUAUUCCUCAUUGGCCCAGGGAAGCAACUGAGUAUGAUGUUUGAUCCUGUCCGUCUUUAUGCAACAGCUAUUUACAUUGGAUGUGUUGUGUUAUCUCUCAUUUGUGCUCUGUGGAUUCAUAACAAAAUACUAACAUUAAUUGCAAUCAUAUGCGAGAUUUGUGCUCUCAUUUGGUACAGUUUGAGCUACAUACCAUUUGCUCGGAGAAUGGUUUCUAAUUUAAUGAUCCGAUUAUGUGACACUGAGCUUUAGCUAUAUGCAAUUACUCUGGAGAUUUAUUAUCAGGGUGGUGCUUGGGAAUGCGGUUUUUGUUUUGCCUCGACUUUGGGCAGGUUGCAGUCGUGCAGGUUUGCAGGGUUUGCAUUUGAGUAUUCCUUUGUUCUUUGGGUAAGAAUUAUAUGAAGCUGGCCUGUAGAAUUUUAUUUGUUGAUUGAAUGAUUCAUCUAUGGUUGUUGUAAGAGCUUUUGUGUUCCAUGAUUUAACAGCA